AUGGCAACCACUGCAGCUGCAGAGGCUGCUGCCACCGCCAAGGCCAACUCCAUGGCCGCGGAUGGCAAGUUCGCUGAUAUGAAGAAGGAUACCGUCGAGGUCAAUGACAAAGACCACAUGACCACCGACUAUGGCAUCAAGAUCUCCGACCCAGACCACUGGCUCCGCGUCGCAAACGACAAGAGCACCGGGCCCGCGCUCCUGGAAGACCAGAUUGCUCGCGAGAAGAUUAUGCGCUUCGACCACGAGCGCAUCCCCGAACGAGUCGUGCAUGCCCGCGGGACGGGUGCAUUCGGUACCUUCAAGCUCUUCGAGAGCGCCGAGGACGUCACUACCGCCGGCGUCUUGACCGAUACCUCGCGUGAGACGCCUCUCUUCGUGCGUUUCUCUACUGUGCAGGGGAGCAAGGGGAGCGCGGAUACGGUUCGCGAUGUACGGGGGUUCGCGGUCAAGAUGUAUACUUCUGAGGGCAACUGGGAUAUUGUUGGAAAUAAUAUCCCCGUGUUCUUUAUCCAAGAUGCGGUCAAGUUCCCUGAUGUGGUUCACUCUGUGAAGCCCGAGCCGCAUAAUGAGAUGCCCCAGGGCCAGAGUGCGCAUAAUAACUUUUGGGACUUUGUGUAUAUGCAUUCUGAGACGACGCAUAUGAAUUACUGGCAAAUGUCUGACCGAGCCAUCCCACGCUCAUUCCGAAUGAUGCAAGGAUUCGGCGUCAACACCUACUCUCUCAUCAACAAGGAGGGCAAGCGCCACUUCGUCAAAUUUCACUUCACUCCCGAACUAGGCGUCCACUCGCUCGUCUGGGACGAAGCUCUGAAAAUCUGCGGCCAGGACCCCGACUUCCACCGCAAGGACCUCAUGUUCGCCAUCGACGCCGGCCAAUUCCCGCGCUGGAAAUUCGGCAUACAGCUCAUCCCUGAAGAAAAGCUUGACGACUUCGAGUUCGACCCGCUGGACGCGACAAAGGUCUGGCCCGAGGAGCUCGUUCCAAUCCGGUACAUCGGACAGCUGGAGCUGAACCGGAACGUGGACGAGUUCUUCCCCCAAACCGAGCAAGCGGCCUUCUGCACUUCGCACAUCGUGCCUGGAAUCGACUUCUCCGACGACCCCCUGCUGCAGGGCCGGAACUUCUCGUACUUCGAUACGCAGAUCUCGCGACUUGGUGCGAACUGGGAGGAGUUGCCGGUUAACCGUCCUGUUUGUCCGUAUAUGAGUAUGGUCAACCGCGACGGUGCCCUGCGACACCGCAUCACCAAGGGCACUGUCAACUAUUGGCCGAACCGCUAUGAGGCGAAUCCUCCUGCCACGCCUGCUCAGGGCGGCUUUACCUCAUACCCGGCCAAGGUGCAGGGAUCGAAGCAGCGGGCGCUGUCAGAGAAGUUCAAGGAGCACUAUAACCAGGCCCAAGUCUUCUACAAUUCCCUCUCACAGAUCGAGAAGUUGCACCUGGCAAAGGCCUUCUCCUUCGAAUUGGACCACUGCGAUGACCAAAUCGUCUACAAACGCAUGAGCGAGCGCAUCGCAGCCAUCAGCCUCGACCUGGCAAAGACAGUCGCAAAGAACGUCGGCGGCAAAACGCCCUCAAAACCCCUCCGCGAAAACAAGGGAACCAAAGCCAAGGGUUUGAGCCAAUUGGAGUACCUCCCUUCGAAACCGACAAUCGCAACCCGCCGAAUUUCCAUCCUUAUCGCCGACGGCUUCGACUACAACGCCUACAUCAGCAUGAAAGAGGUCCUAGAAGCGCAGAACGCAUUCGUCUUCACGAUCGGCGCCCAGCGCCAAGGCGUCGUCGCUGACCAAGGCCAGAAGGUGAUUCCGGACAAUUUUUUCUCGGGCAUGCGGUCGACGCUCUUCGACGCGGUCUUCGUUCCUGGUGGAAGUCAUAUCGCGGUGCUGGAGAAGAAUGGCGUUGCCAAGUUCUGGAUUACAGAAUCUUUUGCGCAUUUGAAGCCGAUCGCUGGUCUGAAUGAGGCGGUGCCGUUUAUUAAGCGCCAGAUCGGACUUGAUGAAGUUCAAGCUGCUGGAAAGGGUGAUCCUCUUGUCGAUUCCUAUGGUGUUUUGACCGGUCAUGGGGAUGUCGCGCUGAAGGUGUCGAACGUUGGGCCGCAGUCGAAGGGAUUUGCUGAGCGGUUUGUUUGGUAUGUUUCGCAGCACCGGAUUUGGGAUCGGGAGCUGGAUGGUCUCUCUGAUCAGGUUGCUGCUUGA